CAGAGCGGGACGACCGCGAAACGAAAGGCGUCAGUAGACGAUGUCGAAUCAGAGGGCAUCCAUUGCUUGAAGCGAUCCAGGAUACCACGCGAGGACAUGCGUGGGGAUGAGGCAGACGCAGUAGAAGAGCUAUUGCGACUAGCGUCCAAGAUACGAGCGGACCUCGAGGCCCCUCUAAUGAACACAGCUACAUUCAACUACGGGCACGAUGCGGACACUUUCCACAUGAUGCAGCCGGCUGUCGAAAUUAUACCUGCAUCCGUUGCAGGGCCUAGCCGUCAACCAACGAUGGCAGUGCUCGACACGCUAAUCACGAGUCAGGGAGAGAGAGAGUCCCAAGCGGGAAAGGCGAGCGCAUGUGCAGAGGGCGAGGCUCAUGGUGAGACCGCUAACGCGCAGGCCAGCGGCGAGACAGAGGAGAAGCGUAAGAAGAGGUGCAAACCACCUGGGGACGGGCCAUGGGUCUGCAAGGUCCAUAAUUGCGAAUUCAGGCGCUGGAACGAACUGGACCGACACAUGAGGAGCCGCAAGCACGAAGAAAAUGCAGAGGAGUUCCAUCGCCCCUCUCUAUCUCAUCGAUGCCAUCGAUCGGAUCCUCAGCCUUCCUCCCCAACGACUACAGCUCAAACGCCUAACAUGUCUGAUCGAACGCCCACUCAACAGUCUACUCCUCUCCUUACCGGCGUGCCUCCCGCUCAACCUGCAAAGCGUGAUCAAGCUCGGCAGCGUUCUCACCAACCAACUACCACCAUCCCUCCUCUGUGGAGACCUGGAAGGCCUUUGAUGCUGUUCGGUUUUCUCUUCACGCGUGACUUUCUUGACUGGUACUGCACGGUCAAUAAGGUUGGCCCUAUCCGCACUGAACAGCAGCGGUUCACCACCGACACUGUCGCUUUCGAUAAAAUCCGAUUUGAUGCGAAACUCAGGAAGUCUGACUGUAGAACGGUAUACACAGGCGAAGACGAACCCGAUGAUCUGGCUUUAUGCUUGGUGAUUGGGACUAACUAUCUGGAACAAGACCGAAAGCGACCAGAUGAAGCCAUCAUUCAGAGCGUUCAGGCUGCCAUGGGUGUCAAUAUGGUGCCGAUGUGGUACCGCAUGUACUAGAGGUUAGCCACUACGACUCUUAUGAAACAUCCGUUACUGAUACAAUAUCCAGCACUCUGUUUCCCCUCUCGUUGUGGUUGUCCACGGAUGUCUGAGUCUGGGCCACCCAAUCUCGUGGAUCGCAUAUGUGCAACUCAGUGUAUCGCGAAGUGUUUCUUUUUCUUUCAUUUUCCACCAUGUUUCGUGAUACUGUUUCGAAGGCACUCGAUGAUUGUUUUUGCUCAUACCGGCUGCAGCCAUGGUCGUGCGGAGGAGGUGUGGAAGAGAGGAGUUGCCAUCUCCUGCAGUUCAAAGGCAUAUUGGUAGUACUACGCCCCUUGAGAGUAGACCGUACGGGUUCAUCUGUCAUCUGCUAUCAGUGAGCGAAGUUUCGCAGCCCAGCCCCUCACAUACUCCUCCAAUAAAGUCGUUGACAGCACCAGCUAAGACUGGACGGAUUCGCUCACUCGUUCUUGUUCAGUAUGUUCUACACAAUGCCAUACUGCCACAUGUCGUAGGGAUCAUCAUAGUUCAACACAAACGAUGAGGAAGCGG